AUGAAUGAUUUACCACUGUGGAAAUAUGAAGACAUAACAGAAAGUACUCCUACCAAGGAUCCAGGUCUAGCAUUUUCUGGUCUGAAGGCCAUACAGGUUGAAGAAUUGGAACUACAAGUGGAUCUAAAAUUAGGUUCAUCUGGCCCUGCAUUAGUUGGAGAAAGCUUUAUUUUACCUGCGAUACUUGCCUCUAAAGGUCUUGCAAUCCAUUCCGGCAAGUUAAAAAUUAAUCUGGUAGAUACAAAAUGCAGUGGUUUGCUUAGUCCAAGAGAAGUUGAGCCAUUCUUGGCCGACAAUCUACAUGUUGAACUUGUUGUCUGGGCAAGAAUGUUCGGAUCUUUCUGA